CUUGUAAUGCGAGUGCUUUCGGUUCAGAAAUCUCUACGAUUUCACACUCCCGGUAUCGUUAAAUGUUAACCCCAGAUCAAGAAGCCGAUGAACCUGGGCAUUACAUUUAAACUUUGCGCGAUUAAAACUCUAUAAACUCGAGGAAUACCGAAAAAAAUACUUGCAACAUAUACAAUAUCAAAGUUGUUACAAUGCCGUUCUAUAUAGCCGUCUUGUCAGAUUGAAAACACUUUUUCUACCGCCAGUCCAGUCGUUAUCAAGUCGGCACUCGAAGUGGUUGGAUUGCACCAGAAGACUAGGAGUUACAGAUACUCAACUAGUCAGGUCGCGAGGAGUAUUGAAUAUACAUCCAUAAAUAGUGCCACACUUUCCUUAGACUCGAAGACAGCCGGAAUGUUUGCAACUUGAGUUGCACUAUCAGAGGUGCCAGAUAACCUCCAGCCUGCUGCGUGGACUUGGACGCGGAUCAGCUCAGAUCAGAUUGGCUUGGAUCGGAUCAGACAUCAUAAGGAAGUGGGAGGAAUCAGACAGUCUGCACAUUUGAAUUUAGCAAGUCAGACGUACCGUCGAGCAAAGACCCCAAUUAAGUGCAGCAAGACAUAAUACUAAGAGAGAUACGCUAUCAUGAUCGGAAAACAGCGCCUUUGGCAGACAAGUGUGGUGGGUCUGAUCUUGGCCAGCUUCAGUCUAUGCUCGGUGGUUUAUAUGGAACAGAUCGAGCGCUGGAUGCUCGAGUGGUUCAUGGUCCUCCGGCCAGGAACACUGAUCAGCGGCCUGUGGCAGUCACCCGCCAUGGACAUGAACAUGGAUCUGUACAUAUUCAACUGGACAAACUCGGAGAGCUUCAGCGAUCCCAGUGUUAAGCCCCGGUUCGAGGAGCUUGGACCCUACCGCUUCACGGAGCGGACGCAGAAGGUCGAUGUGCAGUGGCACGAUGAGAAUUCCACGGUGUCCUACUGGCGACGCAGUCGCUUCGAUUUCGAUCCAGAACUCAGUGCCGGACGUCCGUCAGAUCCCAUUGUGGCGCCCAACCUGCUCAUCGUGGCUCUGUACCAGAAGAUAGCCAUGUGGAGUCCCAUGCUGCGCUCCCUCAUGCUGUUGGCCCUAAACCUCUACGGCAGGGAGCAGGCCAUGAUCCGGCCCGCCAGCGAUAUGAUGUUCGACGGCUUCGACACGCCCAUGAUCAAGAUGAGCAAAAUGGUGCCACCUAGUUUCGUGCCGGAGAUGAAGUUCCCCUAUGAGAAGAUCGGCUAUGCCUAUCCACGCAAUGGCAGCAUGGAAGUCUACGGGCACCACAACGUCUACACGGGACAGGAUGAGUUCCAAAAACUGGGUCAGAUAGCCAGGUGGCGCUACAACAACGUCACAGAGGCCAGUCCCAGAUGCAAGCUGAAGGGCAGUACCGGGGAGUUCCACCCGCUACCGCUGGUGAAGGGCAGACCCAUAUCCUAUUUCCUGCCGGAUCUGUGCCGUGAGCUGCAGGUGGACUACUCCGGCACCGCCAUCUUCGAGGGCAUUGAAGCUUUCGUGUACAGAGGCAGUGCGCGCAACAUGGCCAACGGUACUGAUAACCCGGAUCACAGCUGCUAUUGCCAGGACAACUGCCAGGAGGUGAGAUCCGGUCUGCUCAACAUAUCCUCCUGUUGGUACGGAGCGCCUGUCUUUGCAUCCUUUCCGCACUUCUAUAAGGCGGAUCCCUACUACGCGGAGCAGGUGGAGGGCAUGAAGCCCGACAAGGAUCGCCACGAGAUGGUCAUUAUGUUGGAGCCCAAAACCGGCAUGGUGCUGGAGAUCAAGGCGCGCCUUAUGGCCAACAUGCUGGUCGAGCCGAAAACUCAUUUAAUCUACCGCAACGCGAGAAGAACAUUCUUUCCGUUGAUCUGGGCGGACUACAAUGUCCGCAUCUCGGAUGAUCUUCUGGGCUACGUGAAGCUAAUGCUGAUCCUCCAGUUUGUGGGCAAGAUCUGUGGCAUCCUGGGCGUGGUCUUGGGUGUGCUGAUGGUAUUCUGGUAUCCCCACAAAAUGAUCUGGCAGAAAAGCCUGAUGCAGAAGAUCGAGAUUAGUGCCAUCGAAACAAAUCGGUCAUUGGAGACCGUGAAGAACAGUGAUGUGGAGGACUCGCCGCUGCUGAAAGGAUUGCAGUACACAGGGGCCAAGGAUGGGGCGGGAAAUGCAAACUAAAGAUUUAAGUUAUUUAAGUGCGUCAUAUGUUUAAGUUUUCAAGAUUUUUCUUGCCUAGUCU